UUUCCACCGUACAGAGUUUAAAUAGAGUUAACCAAUCAGGUAUAGGAGUUGAUUGGAAUUAACCAAUGAGGCUGCUUAACUCUAUUUAAACCUUGCACGGUAGAAACUAAGCCUUUGUUCCAAUAAGUGGUCUCUGGUCUGUGGGCAGUAAUAAGGAAAGAAAGGGAUUUUUUAUUUCUUGAACCUCGUGUUUUCUUGUAAUCUCUAGUAAGAAUCAAACACACCGGAGCUAUGGCGCAAAGCAAAUUCAACGAAUUGGCUGGACGUUUGGGCAAAAAUCCAAAUGGAUUAAAUACCGGACUGAAAUUCUUGGCUGUUGCUGGUGCCGCUGCUUAUGGAGUUUCACAAUCCAUGUAUACAGUUGAAGGGGGACACAGAGCAAUUAUAUUCUCUCGUUUGGGUGGUGUUCAGAAAGAUAUCAUGGCUGAAGGACUUCACUUCCGUCUUCCAUGGUUCCAUUAUCCUAUUAUUUAUGAUAUUAGAAGUCGGCCAAGAAAGAUUUCAUCACCGACUGGUUCUAAAGAUUUGCAAAUGGUUAACAUUUCUCUAAGAGUUUUAUCACGACCUGAUGCACAAACUUUACCUAUAAUGUACCGUCAGCUUGGUCUUGAUUAUGAUGAAAAGGUACUCCCAAGUAUUUGCAACGAAGUACUAAAAUCAGUUGUAGCUAAGUUCAAUGCUUCCCAACUAAUAACACAGAGACAGCAAGUGUCAAAUCUUGUUCGUAAAGAAUUAAUAGAUCGCGCACGAGAUUUCAACAUUAUUUUAGACGACGUUUCUAUCACAGAACUUAGCUUUGGUAAAGAAUACACCGCGGCAGUUGAAGCUAAACAAGUUGCUCAACAGGAAGCACAGCGUGCUGCAUUUGUAGUAGAACGUGCUAAACAGGAGAAACAACAGAAAAUUGUUCAAGCUGAGGGAGAAGCUGAGGCUGCAAAAAUGUUGGGUUUAGCAAUUGGUCAAAAUCCUGGAUACCUGAAACUGAGAAAAAUCCGAGCAGCCCAGAGCAUUUCGCGCACGAUUGCCAAUUCUCAGAAUAGGGUAUACCUCAGUGGAAACAGUCUGAUGUUGAACAUCCAGGAUCCGACGUUCGAUGAUCUGUCCGAGAAAUUGAAAAGUCGCGAAGGGAUGGGUUGGAAAAGCUGGAACCAAACAACACAACAUACUGUUGGAACCCUGAAAAAAAAUUCCCAACCAAAAAUCCAAAACAUUGAAAGGCCCUCUAUACAAGCAACUUCCUUAGAAGAUCCCGUUUCCCUAAUACUUGACUCAGCUGAUGAUAGCGCCAAACUCAUUAUUCCCUGAGAGAAAACAAAAUCAUCGAAGAAAUUUGUCAUAGCGAGCUUGCCUUGUCUAUAUGUGAAUCUUCAAUCACAUCCUUCUCCAUCAUCCAGAUCCAUUACUAUUUGAUAAUGCUUGAAGGACUUCAGG